AGUGUAUUUAGAAUAUAUACAGCACACCAUAUAUGUUUUGAUGACGUCAUUAACACAAUACAACGCUGCCGCCUCCAGGCUCGCCAGGUGUUGAGCCUGCUGAAGAAGUACGUCCGUGCAGAGCAGAAGGACAGGCAGCACACGCUGAAACACUACGAACACGUCCGCACAGUUGAUCCCAAGAAGGCUGCACAGAUCCGACCUCAGGUGUUGACCCACCUACGUGUGAUCGACGAGAGGAUGAAUCAGUCCGUCGAUCUGCUCUACAAAGUGCCGAGCGUGGCGAACGAGAUCCAAAACCAAGUCUCUGUUAUAAUGCAGAGAGUUCAGUCAGAGCUGUCUCAGCAAGUCUCUUCACUGCAGAGCGAUGGGCGGGUGGACGGCAGGGUGAGUUACGGUAACGACGCUCUGAUGCCCGAUCAGGCCUACAGCUCUGCUCCUCUGGACCCUAGUCUGGACAGACUGGGUUUCAUCCACCCCGAGAGCUUCAACCAGCCCAACACAGAGAACCACGUUGAGCCUGUUGAUGCUCGUCCACUUCCAGACAGAGGACUCCCCACACGUCCUGUAUCUGCGCUGAAGCCAGAGGAGAUGCCAGAAGUGCGGAUGGAGACUGAAGAGCGGCAAAGUGCUGGUUAUGAAGUUUACCAUCAAAAACUGGUGUUUUUCGCUGAGGAUGUGGGGUCCAAUAAAGGGGCCAUUAUUGGACUGAUGGUUGGUGGGGUUGUCAUUGCAACCAUCAUUGUCAUUACUUUGGUGAUGCUGAGGAAGAAGCAAUAUACGUCUAUUCAUCACGGUGUAAUUGAGGUGGAUGCAGCAGUGACGCCAGAGGAGCGUCAUCUGGCCAAGAUGCAGCAGAACGGCUACGAGAAUCCCACCUACAAAUUCUUCGAGCAGAUGCAGAACUGAAGAACCGCUCAUCAACACUUUCUCCAGACGCAUCCCCACACUCUCUCUCUCUCUCUCUCUCGUAGGGUCUGUUCCAUUCUGCUCCCUUUUGCCCUCAGCCCCUGCACCCUCACUCCUCCUUUUAAGGCAAAGGAAAGGUGUGAAGAGCACUGCGAAGGCAGAUUUUUAUCCUUUUUGGAUCAGUUAUUUGUCUCAGUCUGGGGUUUGUGCCAAAGGUAAAUGAAACGGAACAAAGCCUUCUUGAUCCCUGAUCCCUGAUCCCUCGAUUGUAAAGAGCCACACUUGAGCUUAUAUUUACCCACAAUUGAUAUGACAAGGGUACCAUGUUUCACCUGCACAUGUCAGCCAAUCUCAACAAAAACUUCAUAAUAUUUGUACUCAAAGGCCCAGUUGAUGAUUUAUAUGAAGUCCCGCAGCUGAGAGCAGAAACAUGUAAUUCACAGCCCCCCCCCAACCACACACACACACUCCAAUGACAGCUGUGGCUUGUUUGAUGACAUAACAGCUAUUAAAGCUGGCGAUGGGCGUAGGGGCUCUCAGAGAGCCUCUCCGCACAAUUAGAGCCCAACUGUUUCAGGUUUGUUUUACAAAAAAGGAGGAAAAUACGCAGAAAAAUUAUACUUAAUCAAAACAUGUAAAAGUUAAAAAAAAAAAAAAUAUUGAAUGUUUUUGUUUUCUGAUUUAUUUGUAUGUGUAAUAUAUUAAGACAGAGAUUAGCUGUAAGUAUAUGUAGUGCAUGGCAAUAUUGAUGACGGAAAUUGUACGUUGAGGUCCGAUGAAGCAUUCCUCUUACUAGAUAUUUUAGCAAGAUUGUACAUUUCUAGUGUCUUCUUUGUGAUCUUGUGAUAUGAAGAAGAGAAGUAUUCAGAACCCGGUCUGCUUUGUUGUCACACAGACUUGCUUUAACUGGAUCCUGGCUUGUUGCUCUCAUCCCCAUGCUUCACUGUUGUGUUAGCUGCAUGGGCCAAAUGCUCUAUAUGUAAUAUAUGAAGUGUAAUAGUAUCCGAAAGGAAGACUAUUUUGUUACUGUUUGCGUUCUAUGCACUCUUUUCAUUUUGGAAGUCUGUUCACCAAAUAUUAUCGCUGUUAAGUCCCUGAUGCCGACUCACGCUGUCUCUGCACAUUUGGGUUUUUAUGACUGAGGAGGUCAAACUUUAGAAAGGUUUUCUGAGUGUGCAUCAUUCCAGAUUCAUCAUUCCUCUCGAUUGUAAAUAUUUGAAAGACGGGAGAUCCAGCUCUCAAUGGCAAACUUUCAUUAGGAAAAUCCGCCCGUCUUUUCAUCUUGUUCAUGUCUUCUUCGGUCUUUCUGUCUAAGCCCCCAUUUGUCCUCCCUUUCUGGCUGUGUCAGCAAUAGUGUACAGUGCAGUGUUUGCUUAAAAUGACAGGGACUUGUUGGGUCUACAGAAAUAACUAACUUGUUCUCCUCUUCACACACAUUCCUUCAUCAAAUCUCGCAUACACAUUCUAUUUUUCUACAUUUCCCGCGUAUACAUGUAGAUUCUCUGUUCGUCUUGUAUGUAUUAUUUAAGACUCUUAAAAAUCCUCAAGAGGUGAAGAAUUACCAUCGACACCGGGACAACUUGCAUAAGAGACAUUUCCUUCUCCCUUAAUUAAGUUAUCGCCACCUCCAGUAAACAUGAAUGUGACAUGCAUAUUGUACUUUUAUACCACAGAAACACAAAACAUAUCUCCUCUCUGCACAUUAUAGCCACACGUGUACAGACACUAACUGAAGCUCCUAAUCAGGUGAAUGUUUAAACUUUGUAUCGAUGCUCACUCUGGGUCUUUGGAUGCUCGUGUUUAAAAAAAUAAAUUGUGCCCCCCCCCGCAUUGAUUCAGUGACCUCCCUUGGUGUGUAGUUGAAAUAACCAUUUGCUUAGAGUGAGACAAAGCUUUCUACACUCAGUAUACCAUGAAUAAAAUUUUGAAUGUA